AUCCGUGGCAAAGGCCUCGACUGGCCCCUGGUUGUGAAGGACUUCAACCUGCUGCGCUGGCUGGGGGCAAACUCCUUCCGCACCAGCCACUACCCCUACGCGGAGGAGAUCAUGGACCUGUGCGAUGCCUACGGCAUCGUGGUGAUCGACGAGUGCCCGGGAGUGGGGAUUAAGAUGCCCGAGAGCUUUGGGAACAAGUCCUUGCAGCAUCAUCUCGUUGUGAUGGAGGAGUUGAUCCGCAGGGAUAAGAACAGGCCGUCAGUCGUGAUGUGGUCAGUAGCCAACGAGCCGGCAUCGGAGCUGCCGCCAGCAGCUUACUACUUUAAGACAGUGAUAGCUCACACUAAAGCUCUCGAUCCCUCCAGACCAGUAACCUUUGUGACAGAUGCUAAUUACGCUCUUGAUCAUGGUGCUCCUUAUGUGGACGUAAUUUGUGUAAAUAGCUACUUUUCCUGGUACCAUGACCCAGGCCACCUGGAAGUUAUUCCACUGCAACUCACAACACAGUUUGAGAACUGGUACAAAACCUACCAAAAACCCAUUAUCCAGAGUGAAUACGGAGCAGACUCGGUUCCUGGACUUCACAGUGAUCCACCUCUGAUGUUCAGCGAGGAGUAUCAGAAGGCUUUGCUAAGGGAGUACCAUUCCGUUUUUGACAAAAAGAGGAAAGAGUAUGUGAUUGGGGAGCUCAUAUGGAAUUUUGCUGACUUCAUGACUAAUCAAGGGACCACACGUGUUUUGGGGAACAAGAAAGGAAUAUUUACCCGCCAACGACAGCCCAAGUCAGCUGCUUUUGUUCUUAGAGAGAGAUACUGGAAGAUUGCAAACGAAUCAAGCUGUCUUCCUCCUAUAAUGAAAUCACAUAGCCUCUUUCUGAAAUGAAACAGAAGGUAUAGUGGCUGGGUGCUAUGCUGAACUUGUUCAUUAAAUUUCUGUUUAA